CCUCCUCUCCUCUCUUCCCUUCUUCACUCUUCUUCUCCAAACGCCCCCCCCCCCCCCCCCCCCCCCCCCCAAAAACAUAUUCUCCUUUUUUAUCCUUAUUUAUUAUUAUCAUUACCCCAUUAAAAUUCCUCUCCUCCUCAUUGCUUCUAUCUUAAGAAACCCUUUUAUUCUUCAUUCCUCGUAAACUCACCCCAACUCCAAAUUAUUACCAAUUUCUUCAACGAUGAGUUGCAACGGUUGCAGAGUGCUUCGAAAGGGAUGCAGCGAAGCUUGUGUUUUAAGGUCAAGUCUUCAUUGGAUUGAUUCCCCGGAAGCUCAAGGCAACGCUACUCUGUUUCUCGCUAAAUUUUUCGGCCGUAGUGAUCUUUUGUCCUUUAUCUCCGCCGUUCCUUAUCAUCAAAGACCUGCUUUGUUUCAGUCUCUGUUAUUCGAAGCUUGUGGUCGCACAGUUAACCCAGUUAGCGGCGCCGUUGGUCUCUUGUCUAGUGGGAACUGGCACGUCUGUCAGGCGGCGGCGGAUACCAUUCUCAACGGCGGUGUUCUCAGACCAAUACCCGGAAUCGAAAUUUCUGGGAAUCCUACGCCUAACCUUGAUGAUUCAUCGUUUACUUUUAAUAACGAUGUCUGGACAACCACCACACACAAUCUUCAAUUUUACCCAUCUACUCCGUCUGAUUUCCGGUGCCUUCCUGAUCUCGGUCUCAACAGAACGAAGAAGCAUCCGUUGGAGAAUCGGCGGUCUCUUGAUUCCGAAGAGUCGGUCAUGACUAGCUUCGGAAGCGGCGAUCUUGGCGACCAACGGAAAGAAACGAAGCUCUUGAACUUAUUCGUGUGAAAGAAGAAAGAUAGAAAGAGAGAAGGAAGGAAUUUUUUUUCUCUUUUUUUUUUUUUGAGUUUAGAGGCGAUGUUGUAGAAGUAAGAACAGUGAAUAAUCCAAUGAGAUUUUAAUAAUCAGUUGGUCGGAAA